AAAAAUGUUCUAGUCCAAAUGAACCGUGACUGGGUGCAGGAGAGAAGCCGAUGCUCCUGAAUGACCCUGAACCAGGCUCCGAGUCCCAGGCAUCACAGCUGCACGGGAUUCGUCAGCCUGCUGCUGCUCGACAACUCAACAAAAAGUACCACACUUCAGAAAGAGAUGAAGCUUCUUCAGCCUCUGCUUCCCUCCGGCACUUUGUGCUAAAGCGGAAAAAUCCUGAUUCACGAUCUCAAGCUGUCGUUUAAACAACAUGGAGUCGCACAGCGGACUGAGCGGCAAAUGACCAGCCAGGACGGUGUCAGCGAUGGAGGCCCUGCUGCCAAAAAGUGGAGGAUAUGGUGCAACCGAUGGUCAAGAGAAGGAUUCUCCUGUAUAGGAUGGUCCGAGCAAAACCGGAUAAACCAGGUGAACAGAGCCAAAAAGAUAAGUGUGCAUCGGAGACACAGAGUCAGCAGCCCGAGGAGCCUGUCGGCCCCGAACAGAACCCAGAGCUUGUGGGACCAGGCCGCCAAGAGUUGAAGGAGAGGCAGCUUGAGUCACUGCACUGGAACAACGGAGAGGAGGACCCUGAACCCUGGCUCCAGCUAGUCAGCGGAGGCGAGGCCGACUGCGUGCCCACACACCUGCGUCCGUUCUGCAGCCAUGCAGAGUACGUACUGGUGAAAGGCACGUACCAGCAGCUCAGACACAGUGGUUACUACUGGGGCGCGAUGACCAUGGAGGAGGCGCACACAAUACUGACACACUCGUUACUGGGCACUUUCCUUAUCAGGGACAGCGGCCAGCCGGACGUCUUCUUCACCCUGAGUUACCAGAGCGAGGACGGCCCGACGAGCGUCCGCGUCCAGCUGAACGACCUCCUCUUCAGUCUGCAAGGCAGCCACAAGAAGUACCCGUCCCUGUUCGCCCUGCUCACCUACUACACCAGCUCCUCCUGCAAGCUGACGGUGCCCUACCGGCGGCAGCGUCCGGAGAGCCUGAGGCAGUCGUGCCGGAGGGCGUUCGUUCGUACGUACGGAGCGGAGAACAUAGGCAGCUUACCCGGAGUGAGCCGUCAAGUUAGAGACUAUAUCUACGCCUACCCGCACUGUACAUAGACGCACGUGUGCACCCAGGGCCCGUUGCUGCAUCGCGGUUGCUGUGUGUGUUUUGUAUGUUAAGAAAAUAAACAUUGUGUAUUUGUGUUUAGGCACGGCAAUGGGGGCGCAGUGGUUUACAACAGUUUGGCGGAUAGUAUUUUCUCUGUGUGCACACAUGCGAGUUAAGUUCAUUGGUGGUUCUCAAAGGUAGGUGACAGGGAUCUAGUGGCGGGAAAUUUAAUAUAAAACAAUCCAGUUUGAUGUUUUCACGAGUGCGUUUCAUAUAAAUUGUACGAAUUGUUGAUAUCUAUACUCUAGAAUUGGCUCUUUAUAUUUAACGUGGCCGCCAUGCUUUUAUUUACAGUUUGGACGGACUGAGUUUUUAUGGUCAACUGAAGGCUACCUGGAAGGGGGGGGGGGACUAGAUGUCCCUAAAUACUACACACUGAACCUUUAACUGACUUGUAUCUAUAUUAAUGCCGUCGACAUUUUAAAGGUGAAUUUGCCUCAGCCCCCACGACCCUCAAAGAUGUACAUGAUGUAUAUAUUUGUGUUAUUUAACCUUUCUUUGUUAUUAUAAAUAUCAGAAAGGCAGUUUGUUGCAUCUGCAACUUGUUCAAGGGUUCUUUGCACACCUUAUCAAAAGGACACAAGAGUUUAAAGAUCAUUCUGUCAGAAAUAACUUUUUCAUCUUGUACGUUUUUGGGGCCUCCAUGACACAUUCAGAGCAAGGUAAAUAGUCGAAAUACACAUCAAAUAGUGUUUCUUUCUGAGAGGGUUUGUUUCAUUUAAGGUAGUGUUCAUGUUUGUGAUCGUUCUAGCUUUAGCAAGUUAUUUGAUGUUAUAAUAACAGGGUGAAAUAACAGAGACUGGCUCCCGAUUGGUCGAGCUUGUGUGUCUUGAUGCCGUGACUCCGAGCCACGAUCACGAUCUGGCUGCAAAGGACAUAAAAAGAAAAAGAUGGCAACUCCCAUGUCCGAGAUAUGUUUGCUUCACUUUUGUACAACUGAAGGAGAAACCACUUGACCCAAAUAUCUGUUAUUGUGAUAAUGAUGAGUAAAACUUGACUUGAAUUCCUAACGUGUAUAAAUCAGCUCAUUUGCUUAUACUGUUUUGAAAUAUAUCAUCGGUACAUCA